AUGCCUGCCUCCCAUUCUCCUAUUUUACGUCUUACCUCUGUGGCCCUGUCGGUGUCAAACCUCCAAAUCCUCGCUGCGUCAUUGAGUAUUGAUGGCAAGUUAUGUGAUGUCGACGUUACGCUCUCCUUCAUUCUCCUUGAUGUUUCCAUGGCUUUUACUGUAUGUAGUGUUAUUGAUGGGCAGUGCUGGUGA